AUGACAGAAUCCCCCUAUACACUUAUCCAUCAAGAUAAAGCCACUGCAGCCCGGGUUGGCAAACUCCACACAGCGCAUGGUGUUGUGAAUACGCCGAUAUUUAUGCCUGUCGGGACGCGUGGGACGGUGAAAGCGUGCACCCCCGAAAUGCUAUCCGACCAGAUUCAAGCGAAAAUUAUUCUCGCGAACACCUAUCACCUCUACCUACGUCCCGGACAUGAAAUUGUCCGAGAGGCAGGCGGAUUGCAUUCGUUUAUGGGAUGGCAGCACCCUAUCCUGACCGAUAGUGGCGGGUUUCAGGUUUUUAGUCUCGGUCCGCUACGCACGAUUACAGAGGAAGGCGUGGCAUUCCGUUCUACGAUAGACGGCACCGAGCACUUUAUCAGUCCGGAACGAUCAAUCGAAAUCCAGAAUGCUCUUGGCGCAGAUGUUAUCAUGGCGUUUGACGAGUGUCCGGCAUUACCGAACGACUAUGACUAUCUUAAGGACUCGAUGGAGAUGACAUUGCGGUGGGCAGCUCGCAGUAAAGAGGCACAUCGGAAUUCAGAUCAGUUACUCUUUGGCAUUGUGCAGGGUGGUAUGGAACGCGACCUGCGUCAGGCGAGCGUGGACGGUACAGUCUCAAUCGGUUUUCCGGGAUAUGCUAUUGGUGGCUUAAGCGUCGGCGAAGAAAAGGAUUUGAUGUAUGAGGUGCUGGCAUACAUUGCACCACUCUUACCGGAAGAUAAGCCGCGUUAUUUGAUGGGGGUCGGCACGCCUGAAGAUUUGGUCUACGGUGUACGCUGCGGGAUUGAUAUGUUUGAUUGUGUGAUGCCGACCCGGAAUGCACGCAACGGAUCGCUGUUCACAACAGCAGGUAUCAUCCGCAUCCGCAACUCGAAAUACAGACGUGAUUUCAGUCCCUUAGAUCCAGAAUGCACCUGUUAUACUUGUCAAAACUUCACACGGACGUAUCUUCGACACCUGCAUAUUGAAAAUGAGAUUCUCGGUUCGCAACUGCACACGUUGCACAACUUGCAUUUUUACGUCAGUUUAAUGCGUGGGAUUCGACGCGCCAUCUGUGAUGGAAAUUUCGCCGCACUCUCAGAUGGUGAACCGAAUAUUGGCGCACUGGUGAAGUUAGGACAGUCCGAUGGCCAUGUAGUUUAA